CCCACAUCUUAUCAUGAAUGAUGAAAGAGCUCCAUAUUCUGUUUCUAGAUCAGUGCCAUACCCCCGUGGGCGUGAUGGACCGGAGAUAAACCAGCGUCGCGCUGCAGGAGGAAGGAAACUUUGACUAAAGCUGAGCUGGAAACCCCCCGUGCUCUUUGACAAUGGCUGACUGGGCCCCCAUAGCGAAGGAGUAUGAUCCCCUCAAGGCCGGCAGCAUCGAUGGCACAGAUGAGGAGCCCCACGACCGGGCCAUAUGGCGGGCAAUGCUGGCACGGUACGUACCCAACAAGGGCGUCACGGGAGAUCCUCACCUCACCCUCUUCGUAGCGAGGCUCAAUCUUCAGACCACAGAAGAGAAGUUAAGGGAGGUUUUUUCUCGCUAUGGAGACAUCAGAAAGAUCCGUCUGGUUCGAGACCUGGUCACGGGAUUUUCCAAGGGUUAUGCAUUUAUCGAGUAUAAAGAGGAGCGCGCGCUCUUGAAGGCCCACAGAGAUGCCAACAGGCUGGUCAUUGACCAACAUGAGAUCUUUGUAGACUUUGAACUGGAAAGAACUCUCAAAGGAUGGAUUCCCCGGAGGCUUGGAGGUGGGUUUGGAGGCAAAAAAGAAUCCGGGCAGCUGCGGUUCGGAGGACGGGACAGACCUUUCCGAAAGCCCAUCAAUUUGCCAAACAUGAAAAAUGAUUUCUAUGGAGAAGGAUCAUCAGAGAAAAGAAAUUGGUCUCGUGAGGGAACGAGAGACUGGAGAACGAGGGACCGGGACCACGAGAGGGGCAGGGACAAACGCUGGCCAGAAAGGGAGCGGUCAUGGGCUUGGGGUGACAGUGAGAGAGAGAGAGACUCCAAAGAGGAGAGGAGCAGGGGGAGGGAGAGGAAGGACAGAGACAGGAAGGACAGGGAUAGAGACCGGAGCAGGGAGAGAGAUACCAAGAAGCAAAGAGAUGAUGAUAAGCACCGAUAGGUGACCGUGCCUUGUCCUUGGGGUGUGUGACCUACCCUUGCAGCAGCUCGGGGCUGUGACAGCAUUCCCAGAACAAGCUGUGGUGUUGCCACCUUGUGCCUGUGACUCUGCUGCCAGCAGCUCUCUGUAGUUUGGUUCUUAAUGCAGUUCAGAUGUGCGUUGAAUUGUUCUUUAGAGAAAAUAAACUUUUGUAUUAAUGUUUUUGAA